AUGCGCGGUUACGCCGUCGUAUUCCAACGGCGCAUCAUAGCGACCGUCCUCUUCGUGCUCGGCAUGAUCGACCGGUUGUCCGCACUGGCAGAUAUUCGCCACGAUGCGCCCGGAAACGGAGAAGUCCUGAUGGAAAAGGAAGUUCUCGUUUAUGUCGACCUUGAUGGUACGCCGCACUUCAUCGGCCGGUUAUGGGCGCAUGAACGUAAAGGAAAAGAGAGUGCUACUUUUGAAUAUGACGAGGCGUGGCUCGCGCAUUCUGAAAAGUUUGCCCUUGAACCGGCAAUGCAGCUUGGUCCCGGUCCAUUUCAUACGGCGGCAGAUCGCGCUUUGUUUGGCGCUGUCGGUGAUUCAGCUCCGGAUCGUUGGGGCCGCGUGCUCAUGCGGCGGGCCGAACGCAGGCAUGCUCACAGUGAAGGCAGGGCUGCACGAACUCUCAACGAGAUUGAUUACCUUCUUGCGGUUGAUGAUGAGGCGCGUCAGGGUGCGGUGCGCUUCAAACUGGAACCGGAGGGCGCUUUUCUGUCACCCUAUGAUGCCGCGAAAAUACCGCCACUGAUCGAACUUCCGCGGCUGCUUGAUGCGACGGUGAGGCUCAUUGAUGAAAACGAGGAUGAUGAGGAUCUGCGUCUCCUGCUCGCCCCAGGAUCAUCGCUUGGUGGCGCGCGCCCCAAAGCAUCGAUCAAAGAUCAGGAUGGAAGCCUCGCCAUUGCCAAGUUCCCGCACAAAGAAGAUGAAUGGAACACAGUGUUGUGGGAAGCGCUUGCACUAACACUCGCCGAAAAAGCUGGGAUUUCUGUACCUGUUUGGCGUCUGGAACAGGUUGCAGAACGGCCGGUACUCAUUCUGAACAGGUUUGAUCGCGCGGGUGAAACGCGGAUUCCGUUUCUAUCAGCGCUCAGCAUGCUAGGCGCAAAAGACAAUGAAACCCGUUCCUACCUGGAGAUCAUUGAUGCACUCCGCCAGCAGGGUGCAAGACCCGAAGAGGAUAUGCAUGAACUCUGGCGACGCAUUGUCUUUACCGUCCUGAUCUCCAAUGUUGACGAUCACAUGCGAAACCAUGGAUUCCUCUAUGAUGGAUCAGAUGGGUGGGUGCUUUCGCCCGCAUAUGACCUUAAUCCUGUACCGAUUGACGUCAAGCCACGGAUCCUUUCAUCUGCGAUCGAUUUUGAGGACCAGACGGCUUCGAUAGAGCUGGCGUUAGAAGUAGCACCGUAUUUUGAGCUAGAGGACGAAAAUGCGCGCGCGAUCGCUUUCGAAGUUGCAUGUGCUGUAUCCGCGUGGCGCUCUGAAGCCUCAAAACUCCGACUUUCAAAUGCCGAAUGCACGCGGAUGGAGACUGCCUUUGAGCAUAAGGACUCUGAAAUCGCAACGGCGCUGUCCGGCUGA